AUGGCAAGUUUUCCAUAUACUCGGAAAGAAAGAGCGAGUGAAAAGGAAAGCGAGGAUAGAAGAUAUGAGAGUGAAAAAGACCAAGAGGAAGUGAAAAAUAACGAUAUUUUACGAUUUAAUCUUGGUUUGGUUGCAUCUGCUUUUUCCUCAAUACUCAAAAGCCCUGUGGUAACACUUGACGAUUAUUUGAAAGAGGAAGGGAAUGAAACCGUAGACUUUUCUCAACAAAUACUUGACGUUAAUUCGAUUCAUAAAUCGUUCCUGGUCACCGAAGAGGAUAUCUUCGGGCAUAAUUUAUUUGAAGAUUACUACUCAACAGGUUUACGUGAAGUUACGCUUACCACCCCGGUAUCAAUCCAAGGUAGACCGUAUGCGCCGCCACCACCACCAAGGACCAGAUCUCAAAAAAUUCAAAUAUUUGUAAGCGCGCUUAGUUCUACAAAAAGUUCUAUUAUUAUUGAUAAUAAUGCAACUGUCCUCCAGUUGAAGGAAAAAAUCUGCCAUCUUCUUGGUUAUGGUAUCCCUUGUCAACGUAUAAUCUUUGCCGGCAAGCAACUCGAUGAUGAUCGAUCUCUUUCUUCAUACAAUAUUCAAAAUUCGUCCACGGUACAUUUAGUAUUCCGCCUGAUCGGUGGCAUGACGAGUUACAUUAUAACUCCAGAAUUUCUGAAGCCAGAGUUUGACUUUGAUUUUACUAACAUUACUGAUGAUGUAAUUUACAUGCGUGGUGGUCAUCCGUACAAGCGACCAUGCGGAUGGAACCGGCUUGCACUUAAUGUUUCCCAAAAAUAUGACUCGGAUGAUUGGUUGGGUAUUCACUUGCAACGAAAUUCAUCGACAGAGUCG